GAGAGCCGGGAGCAGCAUGAGGACUCCACGGGAGAGGCCACUGCUCGCGCUCUCUCUCCUCUGCCUCCUGUUUGAGGUAUGUGCCCAGCUCUGCCGGAUGCCAUGUACCUGCCCCUGGUUACCCCCACGCUGCCCUCCUGGGGCACCCCUUGUCCUGGAUGGCUGCGGCUGCUGCAGGGUGUGUGCUCGGAGGCUGGGGGAGCCCUGUGACCAACUCAACAUCUGUGACCAGAGCCAGGGGCUGGUAUGCAACUACAGUGCCACCCCAGGGGACAGCAGAGGCACCUGCAAUUUUCCAGAAGAUGAUGGCAGCUGUGAGGUGAAUGGGAGGACCUACCGGGAUGGGGAGACCUUUCAGCCAAGUUGCAAGUUCCAAUGCCAUUGCUCAGAUGGGGGGUUCACCUGCAUCCCCCUUUGCAGCGAGGAUGUGCGGCUGCCCAGCUGGGACUGCCCCUACCCUAAACGAGUUGAUGUCCCUGGGAAGUGCUGCCAAGAAUGGGUCUGUGACCAGGGAGUCCAACCCGUCCCACCAGCAGUGCCCCGGUUCCUGGGACCUCCAGUACCACUGUCCCCUCGAUUUGCCUGCCAGGAAUGGAGCACACUGUGGGGCCCCUGUUCUGCCACUUGUGGGCUGGGUGUGGCCACUCGAAUGACCAAUCAGAAUCCACACUGCCGACUGGAGAUGCAGCAUCGUCUGUGCCUUCUCAGGGUCUGUCCUCCUUUAUGAGGACCCCACCACAGUGUCACUGGUGCCUCUCAAGGGGAGGUGUUCCUGUCUAUGCUUGUGGAUAGAAGCUUCCAGGGCAAAAGAGACACCAACUUGCCAGGCUUGGAGACUGACUGCCAUCAUCUCCUGCUGAAGCCUCCAUCAGGCUGCUCUGAUUGGAGGUGCUAAUAAGGCUCAUCUCUACCUUCCGGCCUCUAGAACUCACGACUAGGUUUUGAGCUUCUUCAAGACACUCUAAUCAGCCAAGACUCAGUGCAGAGAUGCAGAUGCAAGUCACCUUAGGGUCACAGAAUUUAGGAAAGGGACCUUGGAGAUCAUCUAGUUCAAGGGGCCUAAACCUGGGAUCCAUGGGAUAGAUAUCAAGUGGUCUGUGAAUUUAGAUGGGAAAAAAUUACUUAUUUCUUUUCACUAACCUCUAAAAUUUAAUGUUUCCCUCUAUUAGAAAUUUUUUUAAACACCAUUAUUCUGAGAAAUUGUUUACAGGCAUCAUCAGACUGUCAAAGGAGUCUAUGACACAAAAAAGAUUAAGAAUUUUGGGGGCAG